AUGGCCGACGAGCAGCCCCGUGGCAUCGACCACACUGAUUCCAUCGAUUCGAAUGAUGGCCCGAAGCAGCCGGACAAGAAGAAGAGCCGUCGCCCUGCGAAUACUGCCUUUCGACAACAGCGUCUAAAGGCCUGGCAGCCCAUCCUCACACCAAAGACUGUCCUGCCUCUCUUCUUCGCCAUCGGCAUUAUCUUCGCUCCCAUCGGCGGUGCUCUUCUAUACGCGAGCGCUCAGGUCCAAGAGAUCCGACUCGACUACACCGAUUGCAUUGAAAAAGCUCCCACCCUUGGCAAGGACGGUGGCGGCUUCAGGGGUAUGCCAGGCAGUGCCGUCAGCACCGCAUUCAAGAGUUCCAACACUUCAGUGAAUGCACAGUGGGCCAAGGAGAGCAACGUCACCGUUAAGCUCGAUAACGGCGUCAGCGUCUCGAACCCUCGAUGCCAUCUCAAGUUCACCAUUCCAGAGGAGAUGGGCCCGCCUGUUCUCUUCUACUACCACCUGACCAACUUCUACCAGAACCAUCGCCGAUAUGUCCUCUCCUUCGACACCGACCAGCUCAAGGGCCACAAGCGAUCUUACAACGACAUUCAUAACUCGGACUGCACUCCUCUGUACGGCGAGGGCGGCAAGCCUUAUUAUCCCUGCGGUCUGAUCGCCAACUCCAUGUUCAACGAUACCUUCUCCAGCCCUGUGCUGUCGAACCCUCCCAAGGCCAGUAGCAAUGAUACGUGGGUAUACCACAUGCAAAACAACACGGGGAUCUCGUGGGACAGCGACAAAGAUCUCUACGGCAAUACCGCGUACAACUACACUGACAUCCUUCCCCCUCCCAACUGGCACGAUCGCUACCCCAAUGGAUACACUAAGGACACGCCUCCUCCUAACCUCAAGGAGUGGGAGGCUUUCCAGGUCUGGAUGCGGACGGCUGGUCUUCCUACUUUCAGCAAACUGUACCAGCGCAACAACACUCAGGCUAUGUGGUCUGGGACUUAUGAUCUGGUGAUUGACUACCGCUUCCCUACUCUCAAGUACAAGGGCACCAAGUCCGUCAUCAUUUCUACUCGAACCGUUAUUGGAGGACGCAAUCCUUUCCUCGGCAUUGCCUACGUUGUUGUCGGCGGUGUUUGUAUUGUUCUCGGCACCGUGUUUACAGUUACUCAUCUCAUCCGCCCCAGAAAACUUGGAGAUCACACUUAUCUCUCGUGGAACAACGCCCCUGGUGCAAAGUCUGGUCCUAGCACUGCCGCCGCUUCGGGUCGCGAACUCCGUCCUGGUGAAGCUUAG